ACUUUGGCUUCCUUUUUUUAAGGUUUGCAUGAUGGAAUGCCUUUCUCUUUGUGUAAAAGCUAUGAAUGGAGGAAUGCUACUGGACAUGAGAAAGCCUAUGUUUCCACUGUAGAUUCCUAGAUUUCCUGCGCCUCUCAUUUUUGCUUCCUUUCUAGCUAAGUUUCGUCAUUUCUCUCUCUAUAUGUAGCUUUGUUUGAUGGGUUGAAGGGCUUAAGGACUUAGUUGACUUGCUUGACUUGCUAGACUUGGUUCAAAAAUAGAGAAAGAUGGAGAGGAAGAACAGAGCAAUUCCCAAAGACUCUGGGUUGACUCAGCGGCUGUUUUCUUGGUCCCUUGAAGACAUUUACAAUGAAGAUCUUUACAAGACCCAGGUGGAAGAGAUCCCAGAGUCCUUUGGAACAGUGGAUCAUUAUUUCGGGUCUUAUAUUUAUCCUUUAUUGGAAGACAUACGAGCUGAGAUGUGUUCAAGUAUGGAGGACAUUCACAGAGCACCCUUUGCUGAAGUGAUCUCAUUUGUUGAGAGCAAAUCAGAUCGACCAUUAUUUUAUGAUGUUAUGGUUGAUCGAUGGAGAAAUAGAUUUAGUGAUCGUGACAAGGAGCCUUACAAAACUAUGCCUGGGGAUAUUUUAAUUUUAGCAGAAGCUAAACCAGAAACAGUUUCUGAUUUACAACGGGUGGGAAGGACAUGGACUUUUGCAUUAGUUACUAAAAUCCCAGAGGAGGAGGAUGAGGAUGAGGAUGAGGAUGAAGACGAUAGUACAUCAACUUAUUUUGAGGUCAAGAUAUCAAAAAACCAUGAAGUUGAUGAUGCGAAGCAAAGCUCAAUGUUUGUUGUCUUCUUGAUUAAUACAAUUGCUAACAGAAGAAUAUGGAAUGCAUUGCACUUGUUUGGGAAUAUGUGCAUUAUAAGUAGAGUUUUGUCUUCUGAUUCUCUGGUCAAGGAAAAUUAUUAUCAGUGUCCUGUAUGGAUUGAUGGUGGAUAUGCUAAAAAAUUUGCUUUGAGUUUAUCAUCUAAUCUAAAUGAAUCCCAGAAUCAGGCAGUCUUAGCUUGUCUUAGAAAAAUUCAGUAUAACCACAAACCUUCAGUGGAACUUAUAUGGGGCCCACCAGGGACGGGUAAAACUAAAACAGUCGGUGUGCUGCUAUAUACCCUUUUAAGGAUGAAUAUCAGAACACUUGCUUGUGCCCCAACAAAUAUUGCAAUUACAGAAGUUGUGUCUCGUGUCCUCAAGCUGAGGGAAGAGCCAUUUGAAAAUGACCUUGGAGCAAAUAGCAUGUUUUGUUCAUUAGGAGAUAUUCUCCUAUUCGGGAAUAAGUCCCGGCUGAAGGCUCAUUCAGACAUUGUGGAGGUAUAUUUGGAUUAUCGUGUUGAUAGGCUUUUUGAGUGCUUGGGGCCAGUUACCGGUUGGAGACAUCGUUUCAAUUCCAUGAUAGAUUUUCUUGAAGACUGUGUUUCUCACUACCGUAUUUUCUUGGAAAAUGAAUCAAGGAAGGAGAAAAGUUGCAGCAAUAAAGGUGGAAGUACCAAGGAAGAGGUUUUCAUGAAAAAUGAAUUAAGCAGCAAUGAAUGUGAAAGUACCAAGAAAGUGGAUAUAUCAUUUAUUGAGUUUGCAAGAGAUAGAUUCAGGGCUACUGCUGGCCCUCUCAGAAGAUGUGUCAGGAUUUUUUGCACUCAUCUGCCUAAAAGUUUCAUUCUGAAACAGAAUUUCCAGAACAUGGUUUACCUCAUUCAGUUACUUGAUUCAUUUGAAAGUUUAUUAUCCAAAGAUGAUGUGGUUCCUGAGGAACUAGAGAGGUUGUUUUCACAUCAAGAAGCAGUUCGAGAUUCUUACUCAGAUUCUUCAGACCUUCUGUAUGUGCACAGAGGAGAAUGCCUUUCGGUUCUAAAAACACUUCGCAGUUCUCUUAAUGAACUCAACCUUCCUAGUGCCAUGAACAAAGGUUUGAUAAAACAAUUCUGUUUUAAAAUGGCUUCAUUAAUUUUCUGCACUGCUUCUAGUUCAUAUCAGCUGUAUCGAGUGAAUAUGAAACCACUGGACUUGUUGGUUAUUGAUGAGGCUGCACAGUUGAAAGAGUGUGAAUCAGUCAUACCUCUACAACUCCCGGAUAUAAGGCAUGCUAUUCUCAUUGGUGAUGAGUGUCAAUUACCAGCAAUGGUCAGUAGCAAGGUUUCUAAAGAAGCUGGAUUUGGAAGAAGUUUAUUUGAAAGGUUGAGUUCAUUAGGUCAUUUUAAGCACCUUCUCAAUGUGCAGUACAGAAUGCAUCCAUCAAUAAGUUUCUUCCCGAAUUCAAAAUUUUAUUUCAACCAGAUCUUGGAUGCACCAAAUGUUAAAAGUAAAAGCUACACCAAACAUUAUCUUUCAGGACCCAUGUUUGGCUCCUAUUCUUUCAUAAAUGUUCGUGGAAAGGAAGAACAUGAUGAUGUUGGUAAGAGCCGUAAAAAUAUGAUUGAGGUGGCUAUUGUGAUCAAGAUAGUAGGAAAUCUAUAUAAAGAAUGGAGUGGCUCAAAUCAGAAGCUUAGCAUUGGUGUAAUAUCUCCCUAUGCUGCUCAAGUUGUGGCAGUCCAAGAUAACCUUGGAGAGAAAUAUGAGAACCUUGAUAACUUUGCAGUGAAGGUGAAGACUGUUGAUGGGUUCCAGGCUGGGGAGGAAGAUAUAAUAAUAAUGAGUACUGUAAGAGCUAAUAGUCAUGGAUCAAUUGGAUUCCUUUCCAAUCCUCAGAGAACUAAUGUUGCUUUGACAAGGGCUAGGCACUGUCUUUGGAUUUUGGGGAAUGAAAGGACUCUAGCUAAAAGUGAAUCCGUCUGGGAAGACUUAGUUUGUGAUGCUAAGAGACGUAAGCGUUUCUUCAAUGCUGAUGAAGAUAAGGAUAUGGCUAAAGCCAUAUUAGAGAUCAAGACGGAGUUUGAUCAGCUUGAUCGUUUGCUUGAUGGGAGUAGUAUACUUUUCAAAAAUGCUAGGUGGAAGGUUCUCUUCAGUAAUAACUUCAGAAAAUCAUUUGUAAAGCUGAGAUCAGACCGGACAAAAAAGUCAGUUAUGAAGCUAUUACUGAACCUGUCUAGUGGCUGGCGACCUAAGAGGUUGAACAUAGACAGAGUUUGUGGAAGCUCUUCCCAGAUCUUGAAACAAUUCAAGGUUGAAGGAUUUUAUAUUGUUUGCUCGAUUGACAUAGUUAAGAACACCCAAGUUUUGAGGGUUUGGGAUAUUUUGCCCCUGGAAGAUAUUCUAAAAUUGGUUAAACAUCUUGAUAACAUAUUCCAGAGGUAUACUGAUGAUUUUAUCAAUCGCUGCAAGGAAAAAUGUCUUGAUCGGAAUUUGGAAGUUCCAAGGACAUGGGCAACCUCUUCAGACAUUGUCCAGUUUAAGAAUUUUUGCAAAGAAGAGUCUCAGGGCAAUGAAAGUGCAGAUGCUUUUGAUGGUAGAAGUUAUGUUGAGAAUUCGAAGGUGAGUGAAAGUUUAUUACUGAUGAAGUUCUACUCCUUAUCAACGGGCAUGGUUAGGCACUUGCUCUCUGACCAUGAUGGUAGAGAAUUGGAUCUCCCAUUUGAAGUGACAGACCAAGAACAGGAUAUAAUUCUUUACUAUAGAAGCACCUUUAUUCUUGGACGGUCAGGUACCGGUAAAACAACUGUUUUGACCAUGAAACUAUUCCAAAAGGAGCAACAGCACCAUAUGGCAAUGGAAGGUUUUCAAGAAGACAAGGGUAAUGCAUCCACAAAUGCUACCUACAGAAAUGAGGUUGGGACGAGUGUUGGAAAGAUCCAGGUGGCUGUCUUGCGACAGCUUUUUGUGACAGUCAGUCCUAAAUUGUGUCAUGCUGUCAAACAACAUGUCUCUCAUCUGAAAAGCUUUGCCCAUGGAAAGAAAUUUUCAGCAGAAAGCAAUUCAAAUAAUAUAGAUUAUGUUGAUGAUGCUGAACUAUUCAAUGAUAUUCAAGAUUCUCUCGUCGAUAUUCCACCCAAAUCAUACCCUCUAGUUGUGACAUUCCAUAAGUUCUUGAUGAUGCUUGAUGGAACAUUGGGCAAUUCAUACUUUGAAAGAUUCCGUGAUGUAUGGGAAUUUUAUCGUGGAAAAAGAAGUUUGAGUUCAAUUGGCAUGCAGACUUUUAUAAGAACAAAAGAGGUUACGUAUGACAGGUUUAGUUCUUCCUAUUGGCCCCAUUUCAAUAGCCUGCUAACUAAGAAGCUAGAUUCUUCCAGGGUCUUUACUGAGAUAAUUUCUCAUAUAAAAGGUGGCUUGAAAGGAGGGAGGGUCUCUGAUAGUAUGCUGUCCCGGGAGGAUUAUGUGCUGUUAUCUGAAGCCCGGGUGUCUACUUUAAGUGGGCAGAAGAGAGAGAUAAUUUAUGACAUCUUUCAAGACUAUGAACAGAUGAAGAUGGAGAAAGGUGAAUUUGAUUUGGCGGAUUUAGUAAUUGAUCUUCAUCGUCGACUUAGACAUGAAAGAUAUAUGGGUGAUGUAAUGGAUUUUGUAUACAUUGAUGAAGUGCAGGAUCUUACCAUGAGACAAAUUGCUCUUUUUAAGUAUAUCUGCAGAAAUGUAAAUGAGGGUUUUGUUUUCUCUGGUGAUACUGCACAGACUAUUGCCAGGGGGAUUGAUUUUAGGUUCCAAGAUAUACGAUCACUCUUCCACAACGAGUUUGUAAUGGAAUCGAGUGAUGGAAGAAAAGAGAAAGGUCAAGUCUCAGAGAUUUUCCAUUUGAGCCAGAAUUUUCGUACUCACGCUGGUGUUCUCAAGUUAUCACAGAGUGUUAUUGAACUUCUUUAUCGGUUUUUUCCUCAAUCUGUUGAUAUUUUGAGUCCAGAGACCAGUCUUAUUUAUGGUGAAGCUCCUGUUUUACUUAAACCUGGAAAGGAUGAAAAUGCAAUCAUAACUAUGUUCGGAAACAGUCAAAAUGUUGGUGGGAAUCGGUUUGGUUUUGGAGCAGAGCAGGUUAUUUUAGUGCGUGAUGAUUGUGCUAGGAAGGAAAUUUCAGGUUAUAUUGGGAAGCAAGCUCUCGUUCUUACUAUACUGGAGUGCAAGGGCCUAGAGUUUCAGGAUGUGUUGUUGUACAACUUUUUCGGGUCAUCACCUUUAAAAAAUCACUGGAGAGUAAUAUAUGAAUAUAUGAAGGAACAAGAUUUGCUAGACUCCACUGCUCCUAGCCCAAGUUUCAGUCAGGCAAAACACAAUCUCUUGUGCUCUGAACUGAAGCAAUUAUAUGUGGCUAUCACUCGUACCAGGCAAAGGUUGUGGAUUUGUGAAAACACAGAUGAGCUGUCCAAGCCUAUGUUUGACUAUUGGAAGAAAUUAUGCUGUGUACAAGUUACACAACUGGAUGAGUCUCUUGCAAAUGCAAUGCUAGUUGCUAGCACCCCUGAUGAGUGGAAGGCAAUGGGUAUGAAGCUCCUUCGUGAGCAUCACUAUGAGAUGGCAACAAGGUGCUUUGAAAGGGCAGAAGAUACCUAUUGGGCAAGGCUGGCUAAGGCUCAUGGCCUUAAAGCAGCAGCUGAACAGAAGCGUGAUUUGAAUCCCGAUGCGGCUCAUGUUGAUCUUAGGAAGGCUGCUGAAAUAUUUGAAGAAAUUGGCCAGGCUCAUCCUGCUGCCAAAUGUUACUUUGAGUUAAAUGAGUAUGAAAGAGCAGGUAGAAUUUAUCUGGAAAAAUGUGGGGAAUCUGAUCUGGAAAAAGCUGGAGAAUGUUUUUCUCUGGCAGGACUGCAUGAACGGGCAGCUGAAGUGUAUGCUAGGGGGCACUUUGUCUCAGAGUGUUUGUCAGCAUGCACAAAAGGAAAAUUCUUUGACUUGGGUUUGCGGUACAUCCAAUACUGGAAACAACAUGCAACUACAAGUAAUGUUAUGACCAAGAGAAGUAAAGAAACAGAGAAGAUAGAACAAAAAUUUUUGGAGAGUUGCGCACAUCAUUAUCAUGCACUUAAAGAUAAUAGAACAAUGAUGGAAUUUGUUAAAGCUUUUCACUCCAUGGAGUCAAAAUGCAAAUUCUUAACAACAUUAGACUGUCUUGAUGAGCUUCUGCGGUUGGAAGAAGAAUUGGGUAACUUUUUGGAGGCUGCAAACAUUGCAAAACUAAGUGGGGAGAUUCUACUUGAGGCUGAAAUGCUGGGUAAGGCUGGAAAUUACAGAGAUGCAUCAAUCCUUUUUCUCUGUUAUGUGUUGUCCAACUCUCUUUGGGCAUCUGGAAGCAGAGGUUGGCCCUUAAAGCAGUUUGUGAAAAAGGAGGAGCUCUUAACAAAAGCCAGGUUAUUUGCAGAGAGGGAGUCAAAGUACUUCUACGACUUUGUCUGUAUGGAGGCUAGCAUUUUGUCUGAUGAACAGACUAGCUUGUUUGAGAUGAACCAAUGUUUGAGCACUUCCCUAAGACAUAAAAGUGUCAGAGGUGAAAUAUUAUCUGCUCGAAAAAUUAUUGAUGCUCAUCUUAAUUCCAAUGCCACAAAGUUUGAGUGGACAGAUGAAUGGGUUUAUGAUCUGAAGCAGCAUUCAGAAGUAAGACUUUCCCAGAACUGUAUUUCAGUUGAAACAUUGCUAUACUCUUGGAAUGUUUGGAAGGAGAACAUUGUUAACGUGCUGGAGUUUCUUGGACUUGAUGAAACCCAAGAUGUUAAAGACUAUGCUAGUUAUGGAGAAUUCUGUUUGAACUACUUGGGUGUGAGGAAGCAAUCUAAAAAUCUGAAUGUAAUCUAUGCUUUGCUUAACCCUGACGCCGAUUGGGUAAGAGAAGUCGAUGACAGAUUUAUUCGAAGGACUGGUAGGUUGGUUUAUGUUGAUGGCCAUCAGUUUGCUUCUGCUGCUCAGAGUUAUUGGAGUUCAGAGUUAUUCUCUAUUGGCACUAAGGUGUUGGAAAAUCUCAAAGUCCUCUAUAAUCACUCAACCGGGAAGUCAUUGUCUCUGUUCUGCCAAAGCAAGUCGCUUAUUCACAUGUUUGAGGUUGCAAAAUUUCUUUUGAAGCUUAAGUUUCUUGACCGCAGAUGCCACGCUGCCAGAACACUGCAGAAAUUCCUUAAUAUAUUGACUGAGCAAUUUUGUUCGAAAGUUUUUCCUUUGGACUGGAAAAAGUCAUCAACAGAGAACAUGGUUUCCCUCAGAGAAACUGAGCUCUCCAGAAUUUUAUUUAAAAAGGCUAUUUCUACAAGCAUCAGCAUGAAAAAUGAGUUGACUCAUGGGCAAAUUGGAAGAGUGGCCUCUUGGAUUCUUGGGACAGGUAAGCAGACUACUGAACUAUAUGAGAAGAUUGCAGAGAGGUUUGCUGUGAAUCCACCAUGGAAGGCAUUCAUUAACAAUCUCAGUGGGAACAAAGGAUCAGGAUUUCCCCAGGGUUCAGUGCCUAUCCAUGAAUCUCAGAAGCAUGUGUCUCUGGUUUCGAGGCUUGAUGAAGCAUUGAGAGAUACCUACAAUGCUAACUGGAGACAAAGUGAUUAUAUAUCACCUGGUUAUUUCUUGUAUCUUGUUGAUCGCCUCCUGAUUUUGGUGACUUCCUCUCAGGAGUAUUGUUUCACUACCAAGUCUUCAUAUAUUGAGUGGCUUAUUUUCCAGGAAUGGAAUAGCAGCCCAAAUCCUGGUUUUGUAGCAAAUCAGCCAUUUCCUUUUGGAGAGACUCUUGAUUAUGUUGCCCGCAUAACUCAAGAGCUCCUUUACAAUAAACACGACACGGUGGAAUGGAUUAGAAAAUCCAAUAUCAAUUUGGAGGAAUACUAUCCGCUGUUGUUGCUGAGAUUGGUUAUUAUAAUUUGUUUGCUUUGUGUGAAUGUGAGCGUGGAUGAUGGGAAAUAUGUUGGGAUACUCUUCCAUUUGCUUGAGAUGAGUGACAUUACUUCACAAUUACCCCAAGACUUUUGUGAUGUGCUUAGGAGAAGAAGGAAACGUAAUCAAUUCAGCAUAGACAUAAGUGUGUUUGCCAAAGCAUUUAGAAAAGUUGAUGAUCCUCUCGUGAUAGUGAAGUUGCAGAGAGAUUCUUCAGAAGUGUCAUGCCCAGAUGCCAUUUUCAUAGACAUGACAGUCAACCAAAGCAGACAGGACCUUUUACAUGUCUUGUUUCAAAGAAGCAUCAAUUCAUCCAGUACAAAACUUCCCUCAAACAGUAGUGCAGCCUCGAACUUAUCUUCUGGGGUGGGUUGGGCCUUGAAGUCUCAGAAUGAUGAAGUUAUAGGAGGCAAUCCAGAAAACAAUUAUGAGCACUUUUGGGAUUUUCUUGAUGCAUUGGACAGAAGUCCUAUGAAGAACUUCUUGCCUAAUGUCCCUAGGGUUAAGUUGGAGGUAGAGAAUAAUAUUCGCCUUAUAACUUCAGUGCUGGCUGCCUUUCAUAAGAACCCUGCAGAAGGUGAAGAUGUAAACCUUUGUUGGGAAUUGAAUUUCAUGAUUGACGAAUUGAUGCAGCUUUCUUCUACAUUGAAUGUGAGAAAUAAUAGUUCAAGAAUUAGAGAGCUUGUCCUAAGGUUGAAGUCAAGAAAGCCACGAGUCGAGCCUCUGUUGAACCGGCUAUUUCUGCAGAAGGAUUCAACUGCAGUAAGUGAGGCAUCAUCAGCUACCACCAUCCCCUCUGGUAUGCAAAACCAAGUAGACAAAGGCAAAGGCGAGGCUGAAGAAAGUGAAGAGGAUGAUGGGGUUAAUACCAAAACCCCAAGCAACUCUAACAAUGGGGAAACUGAAAGCAAGGAGGGAAAGGGAAAACGAAAAGCCAAGAAGGGAAGAAAAGGAAAAGGUGGGAGAAAAUAAAUAGCCAUAGACAGCUUCAAGGACAUCAUAUGUAUAUAUAUGUAUGUAUGCCAUUUCAUAAAUUUUAUGUUCCUUCAGUAUGCAUUUGUUAGUGUGGAAAUGUAUGUAUAGCUUGUUGUA